CUUUAAACUUCCCCUCCGCCAAAAAUUUCCCACAAUUUUCCGUACAUGGAACUGUGCUUUGCCCCGUUGUCGUCCAUCAUCUCGAAGGGCUGACUCGCACAGUUUGGCAACGCAGGAUGACUUGGGAAGAGAAUAGAUACUGGAAAAAUGCGUUGACCAUCGUCCCGAUCGUGGGAGCUGCCUUCGCGACUGUCACUUAUGCCCUGCGCCUGUACUCGCGGCGGUAUACCACCGCUGGCUUGAAGUUGGAGGAUUUGCUGAUGGGCGUGGGGUUGAUUCUGUCUUACUGCGCGACUGCCUUCGUGGUGGAUACUGCGUUCAAUGGGGUUGGAAUCUCUGUCUCGUCCCUCCCGCCCAAGGAGCGUCGUCGGAUUCAAUUUGGAUCAUGGAUGAUUCAGAAAUUCUGGGCGCCGUCCGCCGCGUUCAUCAAGAUCAGCAUCAUCGUGUUUCUGCGACGCCUACUCGGCACCCUGCGCACGUACACCCUCAUCUCUAACGGGUUGAUCAUCUUCAUCGCCGGCUGGGCCGUCACAGCCCUGCUCGUAAAUAUCUUCCAGUGCAUUCCUGUCCAAUACUACUACGACAAAACGUUGAACGGCCACUGCAUGGCGGGCCAGCGGGCCUUCUUCCAGGCGAUGGGCUCGAUUGCUCUUGUGGAGGAUGUGAUCAUCCUGCUUCUUCCGGCGCCGGUGGUCUGGGGGCUUCAGAUCACUAUACGACAGAAGAUCGCCUUGACCAUGGUCUUUUCUCUGGGUGGAUUGGUCUGCAUCUUCAGCCUGAUGCGACUGAUUGAAUUCCGCAAAUUCAUCACCACCGAUCUCGCCUCGUCGAGUGCCAAAGAAUCCCUCUGGACAUGUCUGGAACUCGACAUCGCGAUCAUCUGCGGCUGCCUGCCGCUGCUGAAGCCCCUGCUGCAGGGCUUCUUGGGCAAGGUCAAGUCCGGGGUGUCAAAGGGCCGGUCGCACCCUUCCUCCGGCACGAAGCUGUACGGCUACCAGACGAGCAACACCCACCACGACGGGUUCCUACAGAUUAACGACCUGCAUGGGUCGCAGCUGUCCAAGGGGGCGAAUGUCGCCGCCGGCGCCAGUCGCAAUAGCUCGGAUGUGGAAUUGCAAGGCAUCGCGGUACACACCGUCAUCGAGCAGGACGUGGACGACCAUCCGCAGUUGUCCUCGUCGGAAACGGUGUCGAAUCACGGGUGGCCUCGAUGAGUCAGCUCUCAUGGCAUGACGCGAUUGUGCGACAAAUUGUGCCGCGCAAACGAUUGAAACAACAGCAAUUUCCUAAGCUGGUAUCUGGGGUCUGGCCCGUAUCAGGCGAUGUGCGUACUGUGCCUGUGCUCAACCCGUCAUUUCCGCGCCCAGGACCACCACCAGUUGGUGGACACUUGCACUCCCGAGUGUCCACAUCCACUCCUUCACUUCAUGAACACACCAACCUUCCCUAGCAUCAAAUCUAAUGUCGAUGAUACCCUUUUAGAACUUUACUUCUUGUCUACCGUUCCGUGUCUUAUGAUCCUUCAAUCCCUCGUAAAAUUGAUCCUGGCCGAAUCCUAUUCAAUCAAACACCGCACGAUGCGACACAA